CGUCUUCCGGGGUAUUUUCACUUGGAAUUGAGCCCCGGGCCAAGACGCCACGUCCCUGCCGAUUCGAACAAGUGACGCUGGAAUUUCCCUUUCUUCCCUUCACACACUCUCUCGCUUUGCUUCUUUUUUUCUUUUGCUUUCCGGCAAUCCAUACCGCUACCGGGAGCGCUUAUUUCCCCUCGCGCUUUUCCCCUUAUGUCUUGAGGACCCAAGGGACCGGCCUCGCUCCUUUCCUCCCUGCACUUGCAGGUGUCUGUGUCCGGCAUCCCAAUUCCCAACUCGCCCGUACUACAAAAGACGACGCGCCUGUCGCGACUGCCAUUGAACUAUGGCUACCAGAUAUUCGUUACGGCAAUCCCCGCGGAAAAAGGAGCUCUUCGAUGGCAUGGUGGAGACCCCGAGCCGCAGGAAAAGUUCACGCCGCAUAUCCCAGUUCCCCCUUGAUUCGGACGGAGAAUCCAGCUCGGCUGCCGAGACGACAACAUACACAAUGGGAAACACAAAGUCGUUGCGCACGCGGCGCACCGCCAAGUUUGUCGAGCAUAUCGACGAACUGACACCCCCCGAGACCCCCGUGGAUUCAGACGCGAAGUCACUGCCCGACUUUUCUGUCGGCACAAAGGCCGCCAGCCUCACAGUCGACGAGAAGGUUGUCGACGCUAAGAAAGCUGCCGUUGACCACAAGAUUGACUCGUCGGGAGAGUAUGAGUUCGGCGGCCCGUGGUUCAUCUCUGUCAUCAUGCUCGGCUUCCCCAUCAUCAUGUGGUACAUGUGGAUUGGCGCUACUCAAUAUGGCGGCGCCCUCCCCCUUCCCCAGGCCGGCCAGAGCUUGCCUGAGUUCGCCAACCAUCUCGCAAAUAUCGUCUACACGAAAGCCUUUCCGCACACCAAAGCUUGGUUGAUGUACUGGAUCUUUUUCGUCUUCGAGGGCGCCAUGUACUGCCUUAUGCCUGGCGUCUCAGGAUACGGCAAGCCGCUCCACCACCUCGGCGGCAAGCAGUUGCCUUACCACUGCUCAGCCUACACGUCCUUCUACACGACCAUCGCCAUAGCGGCAGCCCUGCACAUCAGCGGCGUCUUCCCGCUCUACACCAUUAUUGACGAAUUCGGCCCUCUGCUCUCGGUUGCCAUCCUCUCUGGCUGGAUUGUCAGUAUCAUAGCCUACGCAUCGGCGUUCGCGCGCGGCGCUACCCAUCGCAUGUCGGGCAACCACAUUUACGACUUCUUCAUGGGCGCUGAGCUAAAUCCACGCAUGUUUGGCGUCCUCGACUUCAAGAUGUUCUUCGAGGUGCGCCUGCCCUGGUACAUCCUGUUCAUGCUUUCGACGGCCACUGCCGCCCGCCAGUACGAACGUUACGGCUAUGUCUCGGGCGAGGUGUGCUUCCUGUUGAUGGCGCACUACCUGUACGCAAACGCGUGCUCCAAGGGCGAAGAGCUUAUCAUCACGACCUGGGACAUGUACUACGAGAAGUGGGGCUUCAUGCUCAUCUUCUGGAACUUGGCUGGAGUGCCCUUGUCUUACUGCCACUGCAUCCUGUAUCUUGCCAACCACGAGCCCGAGGAGUAUCGCUGGGGCCGCCUGCCCCUCGCCGCUCUCUUCGCCAGUUAUAUCUUUGUCUACUGGGUAUGGGAUAGCUGCAACAGCCAGAAGAACCGCUUCCGCGCCAUGGAGCGCGGCACUAUGAUCAAGCGCAACACAUUUCCCCAGGUGCCCUGGCAGACAAUCCACAACCCCAAGACUAUCGACACCGCCACGGGUGACAAGAUCCUGGUCGAUGGCUGGUACGGUCUUGCCCGCAAGGUCCACUACACCUGCGAUGCGUUUUUUGCCAUCACUUGGGGUCUGGUUACAGGCUUCAACAGCCCCUUUCCCUGGUUCUACCCCGUAUUUUUUGUCACCAUGAUUCUUCAUCGCGCGUGGCGCGACACUCACCGCUGCCGUCAAAAGUACGGCGACGCGUGGCGCCAGUACGAGAAGGAGGUUCCGUACCUCUUCAUUCCCUAUGUCAUUUAAACCAUCAGGUGGGGUGAUAAUCCGAAACGCGAAGCAUGUCUGGAAUGAGCGAGCAAAACUGGAUAGUAACAACGGCUUGAGAGGGGAUGAAAAGGCAGCCUGUGUGACGGCUCCGCAUGCAGAACUUUUGCACUAGUUUCUUUUUUCCUUUUUCGUCGACGAUAACUGCUACUAAUCAUGCUAAUAUUUUUGCAUCUUUUUCUAUCUGUAUCUAUAUUUAAACCCUUAUAUAUAUGAAUGCUUUAUCUAAUCCUUUUC